CUGGAAUUCUGGAAUCCACCACGGAAGCCCAGCAACAGACUAUACUACGGAUACCAGCACAGUCACUCAACAGUGUGUGUGUGGAUGCGUGUGAGAUUGUGAGUGUGUAAGAGCAACAACAGCAUAGCAUCAUCAGCAGAUCCCGGCACCAUUAGAAAUCCAGUCGCAGACACGUUGCUUGUCCACUUUCGAGCCGAGCGCCGGCCACUGAGAAGCCAUCCCUGAUACCGCCUGGCCUUCUGUAGCACAUCAUACCUGGGUCUACCGUCGACGAUAGCAGCUAUUGGAACAUUGGAAACAAAAGCCCGCAGGCAGGCCCGUCUCCAUCGCCGCUUGCCCCUCCACCCCUCUCACACCGUACACGCCCCCCGCCCUGCCCCCCCUCCGCCGGUACAUAUAAUCUCUUCUUUUCUGAUACCCCGCCAUCAUAGAAGGGAAGUGCGUGUUCCAAACGCGCAUAUCACCGCCAAACUGUUCUCCUCAACCUUUAGACGAACAAUUCUCCGCUCGAGCGCGACAGGACUUUCUUUUGCCGCAGCCACCACCUCCCUCAAGAAGAACACUGCAAAUCCUGUCGAUUUGAAGACUAGUGCCCGCAAUAUGCAUAGCAAGGUUGUCAUCAUUGGCUCUGGGCCUGCUGCCCACACCGCCGCUGUCUACUUGGCGCGCGCUGAGCUGAAGCCCGUGCUCUACGAGGGCUUCAUGGCCAACGGCAUCGCCGCCGGCGGCCAGCUCACGACGACGACCGACGUCGAGAACUUCCCCGGUUUCCCCAAGGGCAUCAUGGGCGGCGAGCUCAUGGAGAACAUGAAGAAGCAAUCCGUCCGCUUCGGCACCGAAGUCAUCACCGACACCGUCUCCAAGCUCGACCUCUCGUCGCGCCCCUUCAAGUACUCGACCGAGUUCUCCCCCGACGAGACCCACACCGCCGACUCCAUCAUCCUGGCCACUGGCGCCUCGGCCAAGCGCCUGAACCUGCCCGGUGAGGAGAAGUACUGGCAAAAUGGCGUGUCCGCUUGCGCCGUGUGCGACGGCGCCGUGCCCAUCUUCCGCAACAAGCACCUCGUCGUCAUCGGCGGCGGCGACUCGGCCGCCGAGGAGGCCCUGUACCUGACCAAGUACGGCAGCCACGUCACCGUCCUCGUGCGCCGCGACGUGCUCCGCGCCUCGCAGAUCAUGGCCAAGCGCCUGCUCAGCAACGACAAGGUCACGGUGCGCUGGAACUCGGCCGGCAAGGAGAUCAAGGGCGGCGACGAUGGCCUCAUGAGCCACCUCGUCGUCAAGGACACCGUCACGGGCGCCGAGGAGACCCUCGAGGCCAACGGUCUCUUUUACGCCAUCGGCCACGAGCCCGCCACCGCCCUCGUCAAGGGCCAGCUCGAGACCGACGACGAGGGCUACGUCGUCACCAAGCCCGGCACGCCCCUGACCAACAUCGAGGGCGUCUUCGCCGCCGGUGACGUCCAGGACAAGAGGUACAGGCAGGCCAUCACGAGCGCCGGCACCGGCUGCAUGGCUGCCAUGGACGCCGAGAAGUACCUCGCCGAGCUCGAGGACGGCGACCCCAAGGACCCCAACAACAACCCCCAGUGACUAGGUCACCAUCACCUUUGAGUUGAAAUUGGGGAUUUAGAGCUGCUUUCCUACCCCUUAAUGAGCAUAGAAACGCCUUUUCUACUAGACUAGAUGUAGACAAGACGUGCGGGAGAAGGAGGGAGAAGAAAAUAGACUUUUGAAUUCAAGCGUACCUAAAGAAACAGGG